CGACGCAGCGCUGGUCCAUGCAGGUGCCGGCCGAGGUGAGCGCGGCGCUGGGCGAGGCGGCCGUGCUGCCCUGCACCUUCACGCACCCGCACCGCCACUACGACGGGCCGCUCACGGCCAUCUGGCGCGCGCGCGAGCCCUACGCGGGCCCGCAGGUGUUCCGGUGCGCGGCGGCGCGGGGCAGCGAGCUCUGCCAGACGGCGCUGAGCCCGCAGGGCCGCUUCCGGCUGCUGGGCAACCCGCGCCGCAACGACCUCUCGCUGCGCAUCGAGCGCCUCGCCCUGGCCGACGACGGCCGCUACUUCUGCCGCGUGGAGUUCGCCGGCGACAUCCACGACCGCUACGAGAGCCGCCACGGCAUCCGGCUCCGCGUGACCGCCGCCCCACGGAUCGUCAACAUCUCGGUGCUGCCCGGCCCGGCGCACGCCUUCCGCGCGCUCUGCACCGCCGAAGGGGAGCCGCCGCCCGCGCUCGCCUGGUCCGGCCCGGCCCUGGGCAACGGUUCGGUCAAGGUGCCGGGCCCGGGUCAGGAUCACAGCCACCAGGUGACCGCCGAGCUGCCCGCGCUGGACCACGACGGCCGCUACACGUGCACAGCCACCAACAGCCUGGGCCGCGCCGAGGCCAGCGUCUACUUGUUCCGUUUCCGCGGCGCCUCCGGGGCCUCGGCGAUCGCCCUCCCGCUCGGCGUGCUCGGCCUCAAGGCGCUGCUGCUGCUCGGCCUGCUGGCCGCCCGCGCCACCGCCCGCCGCUGCCUAGAGCACCCAGUCACCCAGGACACGCCACCACGGCUCCAGGCUCACGAGUCCAAUUAUGAAAACUUGAACCAGAGGAGCCCCCAGGGGCCACGGGCAGCUGUGUGUUCACAUGAGGAGGCCCUCAGCCAUCGGCAUCCACUUCUGCACCAUAAGGAGCGAAGCCCAACGUGAGGCUUGGCUGGGACGGCCCUUUCUGACUCCCAGGCACCUUGGCAGCCCCCAGCCAAGUGGCCCCCCAAGGGGCUAAGGCCUCCACUCACAGAGGCUCAGUGGUCUCCUACAUGGACAUCUCUUUCAGAACUCCCGUGAUAUUUAUGUCACUGGGGCCUGCAUUUUGAAAGAAUGUGUGUGUGCGCGCGCACGCGCAGUGUGAGCUUCAGAGCGAAACUUGCAGAAAAGCUCCUCUCACCCUUUCUUAUCUAGAACACCAUAGUAAAGCAGGCAGGACACUGGUCAUGGGAUUGCAGGGCCCAGGCUCCAUCCUGGCUCUGUCACUGACUUGCCGUGUGGACCGGGGAACUUUCUUCCCCUCUCUUGGUCUCAGUUCACCCACUGUUGAACAUGGACAAUAAUAUUUUUCCCUCCUGGCUGGUAGGACUGUCGAGACCUGAGGAAAUAGUGGACAUGAAGGGUUGAGGGGUAUAAAGCUGUCUAUGGAUGUGAAGGGCAUUACAAGCUCCUCCUUGCGAGCAACCUUGGGACAUGCAAAAUUCUUGGACAAGUGUGCACCCAUACCUGCAUCUCUGAGAACAAGGGUUCCAGAGAGCGAGGCUGGGGCUGCGGCUUUGGCGGCUGGGGCUGUGCAAACCUGUGGUCCAAGGACCAUCAAAUUGGCAGCGAAGAGAAGGCUGGUGUCCUGCCCCCCAGGGCCUCCUCUGUGAUUGCAACAUCUUUGCCCACCUCUUACCCCAUCAGCUGCUCUGCACUGCUCUGAGGUGGAACCCCUGGGAAAAGGAAAUGAGAGACACAGCAUCUCAAAGCUUCUGGAAUCCACUUUCCUCAAGGGCUGAAAGCUGGGAGGCCUGGGGGGAAGUGUGGGCUGCAGGGUCCCGGUGGAUACAGCAGCUACGGCUCUGACUCUAUGACCUGCAUCCUCCCAGGACGUGCAGGGUCCAAACACACCUGGAGUGUCACCGCGUGGCCCGAAUCCCGGUGGGCUGACUGUGCGGGAUGCUGCCUUCCAUAAUCACACUUCAGUGUGCAUCUGUUAA